UUAUAUAGUGUGGGGGACGGGUCCUGCUCAGAUCCUCUUUGGGUGGCCUGUGUCUGCUCAGUUCCUGGUGUGACCUCUCUCAAGAUGCCUGAGCCGGGGAAGAAGCCAGUCUCAGCCUUCAGCAAGAAGCCGAGGUCAGUGGAGGUGGCCGCCGGCAGCCCUGUCGUGUUCGAGGCCGAGACAGAGCGGCCAGGAGUAAAGGUGCGCUGGCUGCGCGGGGGCAGCGACAUCAGUGCCGGUGACAAGUAUGGCCUGGCAGCCGAGGGCACGAGGCACACUCUGACAGUGAGGGACGUGGGUCCUGCCGACCAGGGAUCCUACGCAGUCAUCGCUGGCUCCUCCAAGGUCAAGUUUGACCUCAAGGUCAUAGAAGCAGAGAAGGCAGAGCCUGUGCCCAGCCCUGCUCCUGCCCUUGCUGAGGCUCCUGGCGCCCCCGGCAAAGCCCUGGCCUCAGCCACUGAGGAGAAAGGAGGCUCCCCGAGUCCUGAAGGGUCAAGCUCAGCAGUCCCUGAUGGCUUGGGUGCCCCUGAUGACCCCAUUGGCCUCUUUGUGAUGAGGCCACAGGAUGGCGAGGUGACCACAGGUGGCAGCAUCACCUUCUCUGCACGUGUGGCUGGAGCCAGCCUCCUGAAGCCACCCACGGUCAAGUGGUUCAAAGGCAAGUGGGUGGAUCUGAGCAGCAAAGUGGGCCAGCACCUGCAGCUGCACAGUAGCUACGACCGGACCAGCAAGGUCUACCUGUUUGAGUUGCACAUUACAGAUGCCCAGGCUACAUUUGCGGGCGGCUACCGCUGUGAGGUGUCCACCAAGGACAAAUUUGACAGCUGCAACUUCACUCUCACUGUCCACGAGGCCGUUGGUCCUGGAGACCUGGACCUCCGAACAGCAUUCCGCCGCACGAGCCUGGCUGGAAGUGGUCGGCGGAUCAGCGACAGCCAUGAGGACGCUGGAACUCUGGACUUCAGCUCACUGCUGAAGAAGAGAGACAGUUUCCGGAGGGACUCGAGGCUGGAGGCGCCAGCCGAGGAGGACGUGUGGGAGAUCCUGCGGCAGGCACCCCCGUCCGAGUACGAGCGCAUCGCCUUCCAGCACGGCGUCACGGACCUGCGUGGCAUGCUCAGGAGGCUCAAGGGCAUGAAGCGGGAUGAGAAGAAGAGCACGGCCUUUCAGAAGAAGUUGGAGCCGGCCUACCAGGUGAGCAAGGGCCACAAGAUCCGGCUGACCGUGGAGCUGGCCGACCCUGACGCCGAGGUCAAGUGGCUUAAGAAUGGGCAAGAGAUCCAGAUGAGCGGCAGCAAGUACAUCUUCGAGUCCAUCGGUGCCAAGCGCACACUGACCAUCAGCCAGUGCUCACUGGCGGACGACGCGGCCUACCAGUGCGUAAUGGGCGGCGAGAAGUGCAGCACGGAGCUCUUCGUCAAAGAGCCCCCCGUGCUGAUCACUCGGCCCCUGGAAGACCAGCUAGUGAUGGUGGGACAGCGCGUGGAGUUUGAGUGUGAAGUGUCCGAGGAGGGGGCCCAGGUCAAAUGGCUGAAGGAUGGGGUGGAGCUGACCAGGGAGGAGACCUUCAAAUACCGGUUCAAGAAGGACGGCCAGAGACACCACCUGAUCAUCAAUGAGGCGACGCUGGAGGACGCUGGGCACUAUGCGUUGCGCACAAGUGGGGGCCAGGCGCUGGCCGAGCUCAUCGUGCAGGAGAAAAAGCUAGAGGUGUACCAGAGCAUUGCGGACCUGACGGUGGGCGCAAAGGACCAGGCGGUGUUCAAGUGUGAGGUGUCCGACGAGAACGUGCGGGGCGUGUGGCUGAAGAACGGGAAGGAGCUGGUGCCCGACAGCCGCAUAAAGGUGUCCCACAUUGGGCGCGUCCACAAACUGACCAUUGACGAUGUCACGCCUGCGGACGAGGCUGACUACAGCUUUGUGCCCGAGGGCUUUGCCUGCAACCUGUCGGCCAAGCUCCAUCUCAUGGAGGUCAAGAUCGACUUCGUGCCCAGGCAGGAACCUCCCAAGAUCCACCUGGACUGCCCGGGCCGCAAGCCGGACACCAUUGUGGUUGUGGCCGGGAACAAGCUACGCCUGGAUGUCCCCAUCUCCGGGGACCCUGCGCCCACUGUGAUUUGGCAGAAGACCAUCACACAGAAAAACAAGGUCCCGGCAGGGCCGGCCCCCGAUGCCCCGGGGGAUGCAGGUGCCAGUGACGAGUGGGUGUUUGACAGGAAGCUGCUGUGUGAGACCGAGGGCCGGGUCCGCGUGGAGACCACCAAGGACCGUAGCAUCUUCACUGUCGAGGGGGCAGAGAAGGAAGACGAGGGUGUCUACAUUGUCACGGUGAAGAAUCCCGUGGGCGAGGACCAGGUCAACCUCACAGUCAAGGUCAUCGAUGUGCCAGAUGCCCCGGCGGCCCCCAAGAUCAGCAAUGUGGGUGAGGACUCCUGCACGGUGCAGUGGGAACCACCUGCCUAUGACGGCGGCCAGCCGGUCCUGGGCUACAUCCUGGAGCGCAAGAAGAAGAAGAGCUACCGUUGGAUGCGGCUGAACUUUGACCUGCUGAGGGAGCUGAGCCUUGAGGCCCUGCGCAUGAUCGAGGGCGUGGUGUAUGAGAUGCGAGUCUACGCGGUCAACGCCAUCGGCAUGUCCAGGCCCAGCCCUGCCUCCCAGCCCUUCAUGCCGAUUGGCCCCCCGAGUGAGCCCACCCACCUGGCGGUGGAGGAUGUGUCCGACACCACCGUCUCCCUCAAGUGGCGGCCGCCGGAGCGCGUGGGAGCCGGAGGCCUGGACGGCUACAGUGUGGAGUACUGCCAGGAGGGCUGCUCGGAGUGGGUGGCCGCCCUGCCGGGGCUGACAGAGCGCACCUCGAUGCUGGUGAAGGACCUGCCCACCGGGGCCCGGCUGCUCUUCCGUGUGCGCGCCCACAACAUGGCAGGGCCUGGAGCCCCCGUCGCCACCAAGGAGCCCGUGACGGUGCAGGAGAUACUGCAGCGGCCACGGCUCCAGUUGCCCAGGCACCUGCGCCAGACCAUCCAGAGAAAGGUUGGGGAGCCCGUGAACCUCCUCAUCCCUUUCCAGGGCAAGCCCCGGCCUCAGGUGACCUGGACCAAAGAGGGGCAGCCCCUGGCAGGCGACGAGGUGAGCAUCCGCAACAGCCCCACAGACACCAUCCUGUUCAUCCGGGCUGCUCGCCGGGCCCACUCUGGCACCUACCAGGUGGUGCUGCGAAUUGAGAACAUGGAGGACAAGGCCACGCUGGUCCUGCAGAUCGUUGCUGGGCUUUCUCCUGCAGACAAGCCAAGCCCUCCCCAGGAUAUUCGGGUCAUUGAAGCCUGGGGUUUCAACGUGGCUCUGGAGUGGAAGCCACCCCAAGAUGAUGGCAACACGGAGAUCUGGGGGUACACAGUACAGAAAGCCGACAGGAAGACCAUGGAGUGGUUCACUGUCUUGGAGCAUUACCGCCGUACUCACUGCGUGGUGUCAGAGCUCAUCAUUGGCAAUGGCUACUACUUCCGGGUCUUCAGCCAUAACAUGGUGGGACCCAGUGACAAAGCCACCACCACCAAGGAGCCUGUGUUUAUCCCCAAACCAGGCAUCACGUAUGAGCCCCCCAACUAUAAGGCCCUGGACUUCUCUGAGGCCCCGAGCUUCACCCACCCCCUGGUGAGCCGCUCAGUCAUCGCGGGCUACAAUGCUACUCUCUGCUGUGCUGUCCGGGGUAGCCCCAAGCCCAAGAUUUCCUGGUUCAAGAAUGGCCUGGACCUGGGGGAAGAUGCCCGCUUCCGCAUGUUCAGCAAGCAGGGAGUGUUGACCCUGGAGAUUAGAAAGCCCUGCCCCUUUGACGGGGGCAUCUAUGUCUGUAGGGCCACCAACUUACAAGGCGAGGCACAGUGUGAGUGCCGCCUAGAAGUACGAGUGCCUCAGUGACCCAGCUGGCUCCCCGGAGACGGCCAGGUGCUGCAGGAUGCCGGCCCAUGUCCCGGGAGCCUGGAAGGACGCUGAACAAGCCGCCUUCCUGCUGUUGGAUGUGUGUGCUCAAGUGUGUAUCCGGGGGCUGGGCUGGGGAAGCGUCAGGAUGGCAGGGCCGUGAAGAUGAGCAGGCCUGGGGCUCCGCACAGACAGAACCACCUGAGCUCCCCCUGGAAGCUCUCAGGACUUUGGGGCAGAAAGUGGCUGGGCUCAGGAGAUGGGUGGUUGGGGAUAGGCCUUUCUGGCCUGCCACGUCGUCUCAAAGGGUAAGGGCAAUAAAAGACGACUGCAGUCAGAGAGCCGGC